AUGGCAAAUUGUCCUUAUUCUGGAUUAGUCCACUGUGAAUCUCAAGCAGCAGCAGUGACUCAGUUUCCCUCAGGAAUGGAGAGAAGGUGGUCCAAGAGAAGUGAAGAUGGUUACAUCAGUUUGGCUGGUAGUGUAUUAGCUUUUCAUCACUGUGACAAAUACGUGGGAGAGAAAAGUUUAAAGGAGGAAGAGGUUAUUUUGGCUUACAGUGUCAGGGGUUUCAGUACAUCAAUGCUUGACCCCAUAGGCUUAGACAGAACAUCAUGGCAGCAGGAAUUUGUGGUGGUGCAAAAUGAGAGUCCCUACACUAAAUCCGCCAGCCAGACAAAGCCGCCUGAUGGAACAUUGGCUGUGAGGAGACAGAGCAUCCCAGAGGAAUUCAAAGGCUCCACUGUGGUGGAACUGAUGAAGAAGGAAGGCACAACCCUUGGUCUGACAGUAUCAGGAGGAAUUGAUAAGGAUGGCAAGCCAAGAGUAUCCAACCUGCGCCAAGGAGGAAUUGCUGCUAGAAGUGACCAGCUGGAUGUGGGUGACUACAUCAAAGCGGUCAAUGGGAUCAACCUAGCCAAAUUCCGCCAUGAUGAGAUCAUCAGCUUGCUGAAGAAUGUUGGGGAAAGAGUGGUUCUUGAAGUCGAGUAUGAACUUCCCCCAGUCUCUGUACAAGGAUCAAGUGUUAUUUUCCGAACAGUGGAGGUCACAUUACAUAAAGAAGGCAAUACCUUUGGCUUUGUAAUACGAGGAGGUGCACACGAUGACAGGAAUAAGUCUCGUCCAGUUGUGGUAACGUGUGUCCGUCCUGGAGGGCCCGCUGACAGAGAGGGCACAAUCAAACCUGGUGAUCGGCUGCUCAGUGUGGAUGGGAUUCGUCUUCUUGGAACCACGCAUGCUGAAGCCAUGAGUAUUCUGAAACAAUGUGGACAAGAAGCAACGCUGCUGAUAGAAUAUGACGUCUCCGUGAUGGAUUCUGUGGCAACAGCCUCGGGGCCUCUACUAGUUGAAGUUGCCAAAACUCCUGGUGCCAGCCUUGGAGUUGCCCUAACUACCUCGAUGUGCUGUAACAAACAGGUCAUUGUCAUAGACAAAAUCAAAUCUGCAAGUAUUGCAGACAGGUGUGGUGCACUGCACGUGGGGGAUCACAUUCUCUCCAUCGAUGGCACCAGCAUGGAGUAUUGUACACUUGCUGAAGCAACCCAGUUCCUGGCCAAUGCCACUGACCAGGUCAAGCUGGAGAUUCUUCCACAUCAUCAGACCCGCCUGGCCCUGAAGGGUCCUGACCAUGUGAAAAUUCAGAGGAGCGACAGACAACUUCCCUGGGAUUCCUGGGCCAGCAACCAGUGCCACUAUAACACGUACCACCCUGACCAUGGCAGAGCGCCAGCCCUGACACUCCCGAAAGCGCCUCCUCCAAACAGCCCUCCAGCUAUGGUGUCUUCAUCCUUCUCUCCUACCUCCAUGAGCGCAUACAGCCUGAGUUCCCUGAACAUGGGGACUUUACCUCGAAGCCUCUACUCCACUAGCCCACGUGGAACCAUGAUGAGGAGGAGACUGAAAAAGAAAGACUUCAAAAGCUCACUGUCUUUAGCCUCUAGCACAGUGGGACUGGCUGGACAGGUUGUUCACACAGAAACCACUGAGGUUGUGCUGACAGCAGAUCCUGUCACGGGAUUUGGAAUCCAACUGCAGGGCAGCGUGUUUGCCACGGAGACACUCUCUUCCCCACCUCUGAUUUCCUACAUUGAAGCUGACAGCCCAGCAGAGAGAUGUGGGGUGCUACAGAUUGGAGACAGAGUGAUGGCCAUUAAUGGAAUUCCAACUGAAGACAGCACCUUCGAGGAGGCCAAUCAGCUCCUCCGAGAUUCUUCCAUCACGAGCAAGGUCACAUUGGAGAUCGAGUUUGAUGUUGCAGAAUCUGUCAUCCCAAGUAGUGGAACAUUUCACGUAAAGCUCCCUAAGAAACACAAUGUGGAACUCGGAAUAACCAUAAGUUCACCAUCCAGCAGAAAACCAGGAGACCCCCUUGUCAUUUCAGAUAUCAAGAAAGGGAGUGUGGCACACAGAACUGGAACCCUGGAACUUGGGGACAAGUUACUUGCAAUAGAUAACAUCCGGCUAGACAACUGUUCCAUGGAAGAUGCAGUCCAGAUUCUCCAGCAGUGCGAAGACCUGGUGAAACUCAAAAUCCGUAAAGAUGAAGAUAAUUCAGAUGAGCAAGAAAGUUCAGGAGCAAUUAUUUAUACCGUGGAGCUGAAGCGCUACGGGGGACCCCUUGGCAUCACAAUUUCAGGAACUGAAGAGCCAUUUGAUCCUAUAAUCAUUUCAAGUCUCACUAAAGGGGGAUUAGCUGAAAGAACUGGCGCCAUCCACAUAGGAGACCGAAUCCUAGCCAUCAACAGCAGCAGCUUGAAAGGGAAGCCUCUGAGUGAAGCCAUCCAUUUGUUACAGAUGGCAGGAGAGACUGUCACCUUGAAAAUUAAGAAACAGACAGAUGCACAAUCAGCAUCAAGUCCUAAGAAGUUCCCGAUCCCCAGCCACCUGAGUGACCUGGGAGAUGUGGAGGAGGACUCCUCACCAACACAGAAGCCAGGCAAGCUAGCCGACAUGUACCCCUCCACAGUGCCCAGCGUGGACAGUGCUGUGGACUCAUGGGAUGGGUCUGCAGUAGAUGCCAGCUAUGGAAAUCAAGGCACCAGUUUUCAGGCCUCGGGAUACAAUUUCAACACCUAUGACUGGAGGAGUUCAAAACAGAGAGGGAGCUUGUCCCCAGUGCCCAAGCCUCGAAGCCAGACUUACCCAGAUGUGGGGCUGAGUAAUGAAGACUGGGAGCGGUCCACAGCCAGUGGUUUUGCAGGGGCAUCCGACAGCGCAGAAGCAGAGCAAGAGGAGAACUUCUGGUCUCAAGCGCUGGAGGAUUUGGAAACCUGUGGGCAAUCGGGAAUUCUGAGAGAACUUGAGGAGAAAGCUGACAGGCGUGUGUCAUUGAGAAACAUGACUCUCUUGGCAACAAUCAUGUCGGGGAGCACUAUGAGUUUGAAUCAUGAGGCUCCAACACUCCGCAGUCAGCUGGGACGACAGGCCAGCUUCCAGGAACGAAGCAGCUCUCGGCCACACUAUAGCCAAACAACUCGGAGCAACAUGCCCUCAGAUGUGGGCAGGAAGUCUGUAACCCUGAGAAAAAUGAAACAAGAAAUAAAGGAGAUCAUGUCCCCAACUCCUGUGGAGCUGCACAAGGUGACCUUGUACAAGGACUCUGGCAUGGAGGACUUUGGGUUCAGUGUCGCAGAUGGCUUGCUGGAGAAAGGCGUGUAUGUCAAAAAUAUUCGCCCUGCUGGGCCAGGCGACCUUGGUGGCUUAAAGCCCUAUGACAGGCUCUUACAGGUUAAUCAUGUCCGAACAAGAGACUUUGACUGCUGCCUUGUCGUGCCCCUCAUAGCGGAAUCUGGUAAUAAGCUGGACCUGGUUAUUAGUAGAAACCCACUAGCUUCCCAGAAGUCUAUAGAGCAACAGACUCUACCCGGAGGAGACUGGAGUGAACAGAACAGUGCUUUCUUCCAGCAGCCUAGCCACGGUGGUAAUCUAGAGACACGAGAACCCACUAACACGUUAUAG